UUCGGGGACGGAGGCCAACAAAAAACAACAAAAGCACGCACGCACACCCACACACGCUUUCGUACAUCAGUCGCUUUGAGCGAGUGUGUGCGUUUGUGAGAUGAGUCAUCUGGCCAAGUUGAUGAGAAAAUAAAAUUGAACAUUAAGCCGGCGCACAGAAGCGAGAGAGACAGAGCACACAUAGCACCUGGCACACCCAAGGAUAUCCGAUCCUCCUGCAACCCGUAUCAACCACAACCUGCACCAACCGCCAACCGCUAAAACCAUGAUCCUCGAGAGAAACCGGAGGAGCCAGCUGGCCCUCCUCCUGAUCGCCCUGCUGGCCGCCAUCGCUGGACAAACGGAUGCCCAGAAACCGGCCAAACUGACAGUGAGCACCUGCGCGUCGAAGGAAAAGUGUCACACCUGCAUCCAGACAGAGGGCUGCGCCUGGUGCAUGCAGCCGGACUUUACGGGCCAGUCGCGGUGCUACCAAAACACCAGCUUAUUGUGUCCGGAGGAGUUCGCCUACAGUCCAAUAACGCUUGAGGAAAUUCUCGUGAACAAGGAACUAACCAAAAAAGCAGAAGAAGCGACUGCUGGCGGCGGCUCCUCCAUGUCAGGCAGCAGCUCAAGCCACUUCUCGCAAAGCUCCUCCUCGCAAAGCUCCUCCUCCUCAAGGUCCUACUCGCAGAGCUCCUCAGGAUCCAGUUUCGCCAGCGGCUCAAUCGUUCAAAUCCAACCGCAGUCCAUGCGACUCGCAUUGCGCGUCAAUGAGAAGCACAACAUCAAAAUUAGCUACUCUCAGGCGGAGGGAUAUCCGGUGGAUCUCUACUACUUGAUGGACCUCUCCAAGUCCAUGGAGGACGACAAGGCCAAGUUGUCUACGCUGGGCGACAAGUUGUCCGAGACCAUGAAACGCAUCACCAACAAUUUCCAUCUCGGUUUCGGUUCGUUUGUGGACAAGGUGCUCAUGCCCUAUGUCUCGACCAUUCCAAAAAAACUCGAGCAUCCCUGCGAGGACUGCAAGGCUCCCUAUGGUUACCAAAAUCACAUGCCACUCAACAAUAAUACCGAACGCUUCUCUAACGAGGUGAAGAAUGCCACAGUGUCGGGCAACUUGGAUGCUCCCGAAGGAGGCUUCGAUGCCAUCAUGCAGGCCAUUGCCUGCCGAUCGCAGAUCGGUUGGCGGUCGCAGGCUCGUCGCCUGCUCGUCUUCUCCACAGACGCAGGUUUCCACUAUGCAGGCGAUGGCAAAUUGGGCGGCGUAAUUGCUCCCAACGACGGAGAGUGCCACUUGAGUCCCAAGGGCGAGUAUACGCACUCCACUGUGCAGGAUUAUCCCAGUAUCUCGCAGAUCAAUCAGAAGGUCAAGGACAAUGCCAUCAACAUUAUCUUUGCCGUGACUGCUAGCCAACUAUCCGUAUACGAAAAGUUGGUGGGCCACAUCCAGGGAUCGUCGGCGGCCAAGCUCGAUAACGAUUCAUCCAACGUGGUUGAAUUGGUCAAGACUGAAUACGCGAAAAUCUCCUCUUCGGUCGAGAUGAAGGACAAUGCCACUGGGGAUGUGAAAAUCACCUACUUCUCGUCCUGCCUGAGCAACGGACCCGAACUGCAGACCUCGAAGUGCGACAAUCUGAAGGAGGGCCAGCAGGUGAGCUUCACAGCCCAGAUUCAGUUGCUCAAGUGUCCCGAGGAUCCGCGCGACUGGACACAGACGAUCUACAUCUCGCCCGUCGGCAUCAACGAGUUCAUGCAAAUCCAGCUGAGUAUGCUGUGCUCGUGUCCCUGUGAACAGCCCGGCUCAACUGGCUAUCAGGCGCAGGCGAACAGCUGCAGCAGCCACGGCACCUCCAUGUGCGGCAUCUGCAAUUGCGAUGAUAGCUUUUUCGGCAACAAAUGCGAGUGCUCGGCAACGGACCUAAACUCGAAAUACGCCAACGACACUAGCUGCCGGGCGGAUAGCACCUCCACGACGGACUGCUCUGGUCGGGGCAAUUGCGUUUGCGGCGCCUGCGAAUGCAGCAAGCGACCAAAUCCGAUUGAGAUCGUAUCCGGAAAGUACUGCGAGUGCGAUAACUUCAGCUGCGAACGCAACAAGAACCAGUUGUGCACGGGUCCGGAUCACGGCACCUGCGAGUGCGGCCGGUGCAAGUGCAAGCCGGGCUGGACGGGCUCCAAUUGCGGCUGCAAGGAGUCCAACGAUACAUGUAUGCCACCUGAAGGCGGCGAGAUCUGCUCCGGCCAUGGUACCUGCGAGUGCGGUGUCUGCAAGUGUACGUCAACCGAUAAGGGACGCCAUUCGGGCCUCUAUUGCGAGAAGUGCCCAACUUGCUCGGGCAGGUGCCAGGAGCUUAAGGACUGUGUCCAGUGCCAGAUGUACAAGACGGGCAAUCUGAAAAAUGGUGAUGACUGCGCCAGGAACUGCACUGAAUUUGUGCCCGUGGGCGUGGAAAAGGUGGAGAUCGAUGAGACCAAGGACGAGCAGUUGUGCACAUUCUUCGACGAGGACGACUGCAAGUUCCUGUUCAAGUACAGCGAGUCAAGUCAGGGUGAGCUGCAUGUGUAUGCGCAGGAGAACAAGGAGUGCCCGCCCAAGGUUUUCAUGUUGGGCAUCGUCCUGGGCGUAAUUGGAGCCAUUGUCUUGGUCGGUCUGGCCAUCCUGCUGCUGUGGAAGCUGCUCACUACGAUCCACGAUCGACGGGAGUUCGCUCGUUUCGAAAAGGAGCGCAUGAACGCCAAAUGGGAUACGGGUGAGAAUCCCAUCUACAAGCAGGCCACCUCUACCUUCAAGAACCCCAUGUACGCGGGCAAAUAAAUCUGCUAUGUAACUAAACAUUAGGGAAAUAUAACUAGUGUCGUUCAACGGAACGACCAAUGUCUGUGCUUGAACCGGAAAUCAGAAAGAAACCCAACCAACCAGCCAAUCAACCAAACUUAACCAAACACCACCAACAAAUCCGCACACAACCAACCAAUCUUCAGAACCGACUCCGAACCCGAACACAUCGACGAAGCUGCUUUGCCCGGGUGCAAAACCACUGAAGUCAACUGCCAUUGUAACGCGUUCUAAACUAAGUCAGCCUUAUACAUAUAUACAUAUAUAUAGAUAUAUAUGAAUAUUUAUAUAUACAUUUACACAAGAACCCCGCCGUGGGGCAGCCUUUAUACAUUGCGUAUACUUAACGAGCAAACGAUUUGUGCCUUGCAACAUAUUUUAGACUAAAUCUAUACGUAUAUGUGUAUACGAACAAGCAAGAAAACAGACAACGCACAGCAACAACGCGAAGCCAAGAAUCGGCAAAAACAAAAAAAAAAACAAAAAAACCAGCCAACAAAUUAACUACGAACGAUAGUUAGAUAAAUUAUUGAAUUUUUGAAUUCGUUUUUGUACCAAUAGUAUCCAAGCCAGCACAUGAAUUUGUAUUUUAUUUUACUCCUAAUUUGUAAUUUCUCUUUUGCGUUUCGACCUAAUGAUAAUUCUACUGAUUUUCAUCGACCAACCAUAUUAUUAACGAGAAGCCACUGCAAUAUAGCGAUGUAUUUAGCUGCGGAGAUCCCGGCGAAAGUCAGAAUUGGGAUACUUAACUAAUCUGCUACCCGCCCAAAACGGUCGUCGUUUGCCAUGCCAAACCCCCAUGUCUUAAUGUUUUUCUAUUGUUUUUUAAAGCUAACUUUACAAUUAAUAUUUAAGCUAUUAACAUUUAAGCUUGUAAUUGUUAAUUUCGAAAUGCAAAAGUGCCCCGGGGACGUUUUGUUUUUCUGUGAAA